GGGCACGCUCUGUCGAGGCAUUAACGCGCAGGUGUCUCGCCGGGGGUGGAACCCAAAGGCAGGCAGCGGAUAUCCGGUUCCUGGAGCAACGAACGGCCGCGGAGGCGACAGCUAACGCUUCGGAGGAGGCGGCUGCGGAGGAGGAAGAAGAGUAGGGCAAGGCGGGAGGUGCAGGCCGGACCCUCACCAUGGGUGUCUUGGCCUAGAGCAGCGGAAGCUACCGGCCUGGUGCCAAGCUGGCUACUGUUCCUUCCUGUGGCCUCCAUGGCUGAGGACUGGCUGGACUGCCCAGCCCUGGGCCCUGGCUGGAAGCGCCGUGAGGUCUUUCGCAAGUCAGGGGCCACCUGUGGACGCUCAGACACCUAUUACCAGAGCCCCACAGGAGACAGGAUCCGAAGCAAAGUUGAGCUGACCCGAUACCUGGGCCCCUCAUGUGACCUUACUCUCUUUGACUUCAAACAAGGCAUCUUGUGCUAUCCAUCCCCCAAGGCCCCUACCUUGUCUGUCCCCAGCAAGAAAGGAAAGAAGACUUCAAGGCCGGUCAAGGCUCAGAAACAUCAGAUUGGACCUCAGAAGAGUGAGGUCAGAAAAGAGACCUCAGGAAAUGAGACCAGUGCUAAUACUGACACAGUCCCAGCUUCAUUCCCUGCACCUGGGUGCUGUGAGAACUGUGGAAUCAGCUUCUCAGGGGAUGGUACCCGAAGGCAACGGCUCAAGACAUUGUGCAAGGAUUGCCGAGCACAGAGAAUUGCCUUCAACAGAGAACAGCGGAUGUUUAAGCGUGUGGGCUGCGGGGAGUGUACAGCCUGCCAGGUAACUGAAGACUGCGGGGCCUGCUCCACCUGCCUCCUGCAGCUGCCCCAUGAUGUGGCCUCGGGGUUGUUCUGCAAGUGUGAGCAGAGACGCUGCCUCCGGAUUGUGGAAAGGAGCCGAGGGUGUGGAGUAUGUCGGGGCUGUCAGACCCAAGAGGACUGUGGCCGUUGCCGAGUCUGCCUUCGCCCUCCCCGCCCUGGUCUCAGGCGUCAGUGGAGGUGCGUCCAGCGACGCUGCCUACGGCACCUUGCCCGCCGCCUGUGUCGUCGCCAUCAGCGAUGUCAACGACGCCCUCCCCUGGCUGUGGCUCCCCCCGUUAGUAAACGUAGCCGCCACAGAGGAGGCUGUGACUCCAAGAUGGUUGCCCGGCGACGCUCCCGAGCCCAGCCACUGCCUCCACUUCCCCCAGCAGAGCCCCCAGAACCCACAGAGCUGCACCCCAGAGCCCUGGUCCCCUCGCCACCUGCCGAGUUCAUCUAUUACUGUGUAGACGAGGACGAGCUACAGCCCUACGCGAACCGCCGGCAGAACCGCAAGUGCGGGGCCUGUGCAGCCUGCCUACGGCGGGCGGACUGUGGCCGCUGCGACUUCUGCUGCGACAAGCCCAAAUUCGGGGGCAGCAACCAGAAGCGCCAGAAGUGUCGUUGGCGCCAAUGCCUGCAGUUUGCCAUGUCGCGGCUGCUGCCCAGUGUCUGGUCAGGGUCUGAGGACGGGGUAGCAUCACCUCCAGCUUAUCCUCGUCGAAAGAGGCCUGGCUCUGCUCGACAGCCCCAUCUGGGACCCACCACGAAGCCCCUCUUGGCUACGCACAGAACUCGACCAGGCCAUGCCCAGGCUCCAAUGAAGCAGGAAGCAGGUGGUGGUUUUGUGCUGCCCCCGCCUGGCACCGACCUUGUGUUUUUACGGGAGGGGGCAAGUAGUCCUGUGCAGGUGCCAGGCCCUGCCACAUCUUCCACAGAAACCCUGUGUCAGGAAGCCCAGUGCUCUGGCCUGACCUGGGUUGUGGCCUUACCCCAGGUGAAGCAAGAGAAGGCUGAUGCCCAGGAAGAGUGGACAUCAGGCACAGCUGUCCUGACUUCUCCUGUAUUACUGCCUGGCUGCCCUAACAAGGCAGGAGACCUAGGCCUGCGGCCUGUGAAGCAAGAGCCACCUGACCCUGAGGAGGACAAAGAUGAGGAGAACAAGAAUGACUCUGCCUCUGAAUUGGCCCCAGAGGAGGAGGCAGGAGGGGCUGGCACACCUGUGAUCACGGAGAUUUUCAGCCUUGGUGGAACCCGCUUCCGGGAUACAGCAGUCUGGUUGCCAAGUCUGCAGGGCAGGCAGUCGGAAAAGGAAGAUGGAUGCAAAGUGUGGGAGACCAAGGACGCGUCGGAGCCCGCGAGCACGAGCUGGAGCUCACGAGGAUGGCCUGGAACCCGUGUCAGCCUCUCACCAUCUCCAGCUUCGAUGAUGUGGGUGUCCUGCAGAAGAAGCUGGUGCCCUUCUUCACAGAGUUAAAUGUGCACCUGGCCCAGGAACUAGAGAAGCUGACAGCAGAUCCUGGGGGAGGUGGAGCAGCUGCAGGCCUGGCUGCAGGCCUGACUGCUGCCCCACAUCAACGAGGUGAGCCAGCAGAUAAAUGACAACAUGCGUGAACUGCAGCAGCACCUGGUGCCCCUGCACCAACCUUCCAAGUGUAAAAACAGUAUGUUCCUGCUUCACUUCUGCCCUUCCGUUACCAGGCAGAAUGUCUCUUCUGACCCAUCCUAACCAGAAGCAUACAGAAAGGGAGUUCUGAGAAACAUAAUCUAGCCAAGGUGACACAUUACAAAGCCGCCCUUUCAUGAAUUGGCUCCCAAGGGUCUCACUACUCACCAGAGGAUAACUUGGUAAAACUACAUUGCUGAGAAUGCAAAGCUGAAGACCAUGGAUUUCAUGGUGAUCCAAGCAAGUAACAGAAAUUCUGUCGAGCCCACCCAGAGAAAAUUUGCUGUUCUUGGCUAUUUUUGUGUCAUUGAAGUAUUGAAAACCUGGCCCAUGGUAGGCACUGUACUUAAUACUGGGAUACAGAAAUUAAAAAGAUUAUGGUCCAUGCAGUUUUUAUUAAAUGCAUCAAUAUGUAUUACAAA